AUGUCCGAAGAUCCCGCGGGAUCCCGCCGCUGGCGGUGCGACCUCGGCGGCGACGAGCGCUGGCUCUCGGGGGCCGCCGGCGACGACCACUUCGACCGCCUCCCCGACGCGCUCCUCCUCGUCAUCUUCAACCGCAUCGGCGACGUCAAGGCGCUCGGCCGCUGCUCCCUCGUCUCCCGCCGCUUCCACGAGCUCGUGCCCCUCGUCGACUCCGUCCUCGUCCGCGUCGACUGCGUCAUCCCCGACGAGCCCCCCUCCUCGUCGUCCUCCCCGUCGACGCCGUCCUCUCCUACGGCGUCCGUGCGCGCCCGCGGGGUCUUCUCACAGAUCGCGCGCAUCGUGCUCGGCGGCAUCGUGAGGCCCAUCCAGGCGCUCGGUCAGAUCCUCUCCCCCGCCAACUCCGCCUCCGGCUUUCCGGCAUCCUCCGCUUCCUCGCCAUCGUCGUCGUCCUCCUCCUCCUCGCCACUGCCUCCUGGGGACGUGUCCCACCACUCGCCCUCGGAGGUGCUCCGCUCCUUCAAGGAGCUCCGCCACCUUCGCAUCGAGCUCCCGGCGGGCGAGCUCGGCAUGGACGACGGUGUGAUGCUCAAGUGGAAGGCUGACUUCGGGUCCACACUGGGCAGCUGCGUCAUCCUUGGAGCAUCCUCGGCCUCGGCCUCGCCCUCCUCCGCUGGCUCAGAUUCUGCUGGCUCAGAUAGCGCUAGCACCGCUCCCUCUGGUGACGGUGGCCGCACCGAACCUGAUGAAUGUGACGAUUCAGGAAGCAUCCCUGAGUCGUUCUACACAAACGGGGGGUUUAAGCUGCGGGUGGUUUGGACAAUCAGCUCAUUGAUUGCAGCUGCCGCGAGGCAUUACUUGCUGCAGCCGAUCAUUGCUGAUCACAGGAUGCUCGAGAGCUUGGACCUGACAGAUGCUGAUGGCCAGGGAGUGCUCACCAUGGACAAGUGCCAACUGCAGGAGCUGAGGGUGAAACCAGUAUCAACAUCUAGGGACUCACACCGGACGCUCAUGCCAGAGCUUAGCAUGUGGUUGUGGUACGCACCAUGUAUUGAGCUGCCUGGGGGGUUGGUGCUGAAUGGCGCAACACUGGUGGCGAUCAAGCCAAGUGAGGAAGGAACAGGGGAGACAGUUUGGAAUGGGGCUGCUGGUGCAGCUUGGGUGUUGGAUGCAUUCGAGGAGCCGUAUAGGACAGCAGUGAGGAUGCUUCUCAAGCGGAGGACCUACAGCCUUGAGAUGAAUUCAUUCUAA